UUAUUAGUGCUAUGAUAUAUUAUAGGCUAUAAUCAGGCGCGUAAUUGUAGCGGAAUGAGUGGGACAAAGGUAUCGUUUACCCCUCCCCCCAACCAAAAUUCUACUACAUAUAUAAGAUACAAAUUGUGGUGUCUAGGUAAAUCUAUCCUGUUAAAGAUGUAACACCCAUCAUCAAAAUUGAAGAGGAUAAUUUCGAGAUUAUAUCAUAUAUUUUUUUGUAAAAUACUGUUUACUGAAAGAGUUACUUCGUUUUACGUUUUUUUAUACUAUAUUAUCAUAACAUAAAUUGUACCUCUGAAUGGCUCUGAUAUGAUAAAAUAUAUAAUCACGAAAAUAUUCCUGAAAUCAGUAAUGAAGCUUGAACUCACAUUUUCCCCUAGACGUUACAGUUUAAAUGUUGCUAUAUCGCUCUAAUUAGACGGACAGAGAUGGAUCACGUCAUAAUAUUGUACGCGUUGUAAAGGUGAGUGGUAUCUCGAAGCGUGCACCGCGAUCGCCUCUACAUCACAGCACAACUGCGUCGGCGACGCACGCGGUACCACCGAACGAACGAGUGCCACAGCCGACCGGUCGGCUGUGCCCCUGGUACGCGGUGAUCUCGUUGGAGGUGAAUAUGGCCGCGAUAAUGAGCCACGGCCGUCAGCGAUUGCUCUACGCGGCCGACAAGGUAACGGGUCAAACCGGCCGCGGUGGUACCAGUGCGGGCAACCGGUGGUACAGCCGCCCGUCCAAGGCUGUCGGGCGAGCACAAUAUUUUUCGUUCAUCGUAACAUUAAUAAUAUUAUCGUACGCCGCACCGUAUAUUAUUAUUAUCGUAUUUGUGACCGACGACGGGCGAAUCGCGGUCCUAACCUCCACCGCCGCCCCGGUUGCCGCGGUUACUGUUUGUUGUCAUCGCCUAGACCGUGAACCGCGCUUAAUAUUAUUAUUUCAUGCUAACGUGAAAAUUCGUUUUAAGUUUUACGAGUGCUGUUUUAUGAAGAAAAAACUAAAGUAUCCAAAGUAUCUGGGUGAAAAAAUAAACAUGUUUUGACAGUUGUGGUUAUGGGCAACGUAUUGCGGUUUAAAUGUAUAGACUGUGCGAACGCAGACCAACGGCAACGCAGAAAAAUUACUGUGCUCCUGGUUGGUUUGGACAACGCUGGAAAGACUUGUACCGUUAAAAGUAUUAUGAAAGAAAAGCAAAAAAAUAUUCUUUCUACUGUUGGAUUUUCGUCUUCCAAAUGUAAUUAUCACGACAACGCUAUAACUAUUUACGAUUUAGGUGGUCACAAACAAAUCAGAGAUAUAUGGAAGCAGUAUUUUGCUGAUGUACACGGUGUAAUAUUUGUGGUGGAUUCUUCGGAUCUUAGUCGGUUAAAUGAAUGCAAAGAGGUUUUUCAUAAUUUACUUGGGCAUGAAAAUAUUGCCGGAAAACCUGUGCUAUUAUUUGCUAAUAAGCAAGACAAACCAGGGGCGCUAGAUGAGUUGGACAUAGUAGAUCGAUUAAAUGUGGAGGCUGUAGUGAAUACAAAUAAGUGUCCAACACUUGUAGAAACAUGUACUGCUCUUCAUAUGGCACCUAUUAAUUACUGUAGUUCUGCUUUUAUUGAUCCAAGCAUUGAUAGCGGAUUUAGUUGGCUGGUAUUACAUAUUGUAAGGCUAUAUGAUACUCUUAACCGUCGUGUCAUGGAAGACAUGGCACAAUAUAAAGCUCAAGUGGAUAAAAAGAUGGAAGAGUGGAAAAAAAAUCAACAGAAUUCAAACGACUCAUAUUUAUUAUCGUUUAACGCACCACACCGGAGGUCUACCAAACGCAAUCCGUUCAGGCGAAUUAACAAAGUCAUAGAUAGUUUUGAUUCAAAGUCAUCAAACCCAACGACUGAAAUGGGGAGUACAUCAUAUAUUAUACCACUCAGAAGUGAGUCCGAUGAUGAGUACGAACCACCUGAUCUUCAACCACAGCCUGAGCCAACUGCAUUCCGAAAUAAAGUCGCCCCGACAUUAGUGACAAAAAUACAAGCAGAACCAAUGCCAUCGGUCAAAUCCCGAUCACCGCUUUUCAGGGCCAAGUCCAGAGAGUAUGAUAGGAAUUUGUCUGAAACCGUAACGACCACCGCUAAUACCACUACCGCCAUUACCGCCAUUAGCUCGACUGAAAUGCUUAUUCAAAACGAAUCUGGCACAGCAAAAAUGAAACGAUCUAUUUUUAGCAAUAAAUCAAAUUCAGCUGGAGCUAGUGGUAGUGGUACCACACGUCCGUUAAAACCUAAUCGGUCGUCUAGCGCAAAGUCACUGAAGAAAAGUGAAUUGUCAAACAAACAAGAUGAUAAUUGUAGAUCGGAGAAGUUGUAUCCAAAUGAUGAAGAUGACGUGGUGGUUCAACAACCGGAUGUAUCAAACGUUAGUCCAGAAAUAAUAAGCCAUAUAUGAAUAAUGAAUGUGACUGAUGGUUGUAAAUUAUAAUACAAUUUCCACGAUAUUAUUGUUUUAUUAAAUAAAAAUA